AUGGCAGAUGUCAUUGGCAUGCAGGACCCUGCCAUGGUUAGUUUUUCCUUCUUUGUUUUUCUCUUUCAGGCACUAGACCAAGAUAGAACAGCUUUGCAGAAAGUGAAGAAAUCUGUGAAAGCGAUAUAUAGUUCUGGUCAAGAUCAUGUACAAAACGAAGAAAACUAUGCACAAGUUCUGGAUAAGUUCGGGAGUAAUUUUUUAAGUCGAGACAACCCAGAUCUUGGCACUGCUUUCGUCAAAUUUUCUACUCUUACAAAGGAACUGUCCACACUGCUGAAAAAUCUGCUCCAGGGUCUGAGCCACAAUGUGAUCUUCACCUUGGACUCCCUGUUAAAAGGAGACCUGAAGGGAGUCAAAGGAGACCUCAAGAAGCCAUUCGACAAAGCGUGGAAAGAUUAUGAGACAAAGUUUACAAAAAUUGAGAAGGAGAAGAGAGAGCAUGCGAAACAGCACGGGAUGAUCCGCACAGAGAUCACCGGGGCCGAGAUUGCAGAGGAAAUGGAGAAGGAGCGGCGCCUCUUUCAGCUCCAGAUGUGCGAAUAUCUCAUUAAAGUUAACGAAAUCAAGACCAAAAAGGGUGUGGACCUGCUGCAGAAUCUCAUCAAGUAUUAUCAUGCACAGUGCAAUUUCUUUCAAGACGGCUUGAAAACGGCUGAUAAAUUGAAACAGUACAUUGAAAAACUGGCUACUGAUUUAUAUAAUAUAAAGCAGACCCAGGAUGAAGAAAAGAAGCAGCUAACUGCACUCCGGGACUUAAUAAAAUCCUCUCUUCAGCUUGAUCAGAAAGAAGAUUCUCAGAGCCGGCAGGGGGGAUACAGCAUGCACCAGCUCCAGGGCAAUAAGGAGUACGGCAGCGAGAAGAAGGGGUACCUGCUGAAGAAAAGUGAUGGGAUCCGCAAGGUGUGGCAGAGGAGGAAGUGCGCCGUCAAGAACGGGAUGCUGACCAUCUCCCACGCCACGUCUAACAGGCAGCCAGCGAAGUUGAACCUUCUCACCUGCCAGGUGAAACCAAAUGCCGAGGACAAGAAGUCUUUUGACCUGAUCUCACAUAAUAGGACGUAUCACUUUCAGGCAGAAGAUGAGCAGGAUUACAUAGCAUGGAUAUCAGUAUUGACAAAUAGCAAAGAAGAGGCCCUGACCAUGGCCUUCCGUGGAGAGCAGAGCACAGGGGAGAACAGCCUGGAAGACCUGACCAAAGCCAUUAUCGAGGACGUCCAGCGGCUCCCCGGCAAUGACGUCUGCUGUGACUGUGGCUCAUCAGAACCCACCUGGCUUUCAACCAACUUGGGUAUUUUGACCUGUAUAGAAUGUUCCGGUAUCCACAGGGAAAUGGGAGUUCAUAUUUCCCGCAUUCAGUCUUUGGAGCUAGACAAACUAGGAACUUCUGAACUCUUGCUGGCCAAGAAUGUAGGGAACAGUAGUUUUAAUGAUAUUAUGGAAGCAAAUUUACCGAUCCCCUCACCAAAACCCACCCCGACAAGUGACAUGAUUGUACGGAAAGAAUAUAUCACGGCAAAAUAUGUGGAUCACCGGUUUUCAAGGAAGACCUGUUCAUCUUCAUCAGCUAAACUGAAUGAAUUGCUUGAGGCCAUCAGAUCUAGGGACUUACUUGCACUAAUUCAAGUCUAUGCAGAGGGCGUAGAGCUCAUGGAACCGCUGCUGGAGCCCGGGCAGGAGCUUGGGGAGACGGCCCUUCACCUUGCAGUGCGAACCGCGGACCAGACGUCUCUCCACCUGGUUGACUUCCUUGUCCAAAACUGUGGUAACCUGGACAAGCAGACCUCCCUAGGAAAUACGGCCUUGCACUACUGCAGCAUGUAUGGAAAACCCGAGUGUUUGAAGCUACUGCUCAGGAGCAAGCCCACUGUGGAUGUUGUUAACCAGGCUGGAGAGACGGCCCUCGACAUAGCAAAGAGAGUAAAAGCCGCCCAGUGUGAAGACUUGCUUUCUCAGGCUAAAUGUGGAAAGCUCAAUCCACACGUCCACGUAGAAUACGAAUGGAAUCUUCGGCAGGAAGAGAUGGACGAGAGUGACGAUGACCUGGACGACAAGCCGAGCCCCAUCAAGAAGGAGCGCUCCCCGCGACCUCAGAGCUUCUGCCACUCCUCCAUCUCCCCCCAGGACAAGCUGUCACAGCCGGGGUUUGGCACCCCAAGGGACAAGCAGCGACUCUCCUACAGCGCCUUCACCAACCAGAUCUUCGUCUCCACAAGCACAGACUCGCCCACAUCACCCACCUUGGAGGCGCCUCCGCUGCCUCCUAGAAACGCCGGGAAAGGUCCAACUGGCCCACCUUCAACACUCCCUCUAAGCACCCAGACCUCUAGUGGCACCUCCACCUUGUCCAAGAAGCGGCCUCCUCCCCCACCACCCGGACACAAGAGAACCCUGUCUGACCCUCCCAGCCCACUACCUCACGGGCCCCCAAACAAAGGCGCAGUUACUUGGGGUAACGACAUGGGUCCAUCGUCAUCGAGUAAGACUCCAAACAAGUUUGAGGGGCUGUCUCAGCAGUCAAGCACCAGUUCUGCGAAGUCCGCUCUUGGCCCAAGAGUUCUGCCUAAACUACCUCAGAAAGUGGCUCUACGGAAGACAGACACCAUCCAUCAUCUCUCUCUGGACAAAGCCGGCCUCCCACCCGAAGUUGUACAGAAGUCGGCACAGCUGGCAGACUUACCACAAAAGCCACCACCUGGAGACCUGCCCCCCAAACCCACCGAGCUGACUCCCAAACCCCAGAUGGGAGAUUUGCCACCUAAGCCAGGAGAACUGCCCCCCAAGCCACAGCUGGGCGACCUGCCACCCAAACCCCAGCUCUCAGACUUACCUCCCAAACCGCAGGUGAAGGACCUGCCUCCCAAACCGCAGCUGGCGGACCUCUUGGCAAAAUCCCAGCAGGGAGACGCCUCACCCAAGGCCCAACCGCCCUCUGACGCCACCACAAAGUCACACUCGGUGGAUCUCUCCCCGAACGUGCCAGCCCGAGACACCAUCCAGAAGCAAGCCUCUGAGGAUUCCAAUGACCUGACACCCACUUUGCCUGAAAUGCCUGUCCCGCUGCCCAGGAAGAUCAACACGGGGAAGAACAAGGUGAGGCGCGUGAAGACCAUUUAUGACUGCCAGGCGGACAACGACGACGAGCUGACCUUCAUCGAGGGGGAGGUGAUCGUCGUCACGGGGGAGGAAGACCAGGAGUGGUGGAUCGGCCAUAUCGAGGGACAGCCCGAGAGGAAGGGGGUCUUCCCAGUGUCCUUUGUCCACAUCCUGUCGGACUAGCGAGAAGCAGAACCUGAGACUGUCCGCGCCCUUCAUGCCAGACUGCCGCCUACGCGUGCUCCUGCGCACACGUGUACAUAGCUGCUGUUACAGGCGGAACCCGCGGGGGGCCGCCCCCGGAGGGGAACAUGGUGUGUGUUGUAAAUAAAUACCCUGUUGUCUUCUGCCUUCGCCAGUAUUAAUGGGAGCCUGGGACCGGCAUGUCUCACUGGUCUGCCAAAGCCGUCCUUGGCAUCUAGCACUUACAUCUCUCUGUGCUGUUCUCCAAACAAACAGGAACAUAGGAACUGCUGGCUUUGCAAAUAGAACUGGUCUCAGCCGCUGAAGGGCAUGGCAUCGACUCUGCUCCAACAGUGCAGGGUUCUCAGUCGUGUUACUGAAAACGCACGCUAGCGAGAGGUGGGUCCUGUCUCCCGGGGGAGACUCGGCUCCGAGACAGACCAGCCUGCAGUUUUCUGUGUAUGCAGUUUACAGCGCCAGCACCUGCUGUGGUAUUUAUUACAGGGACGUGCUCAGUUAAACGUGUUAUUCCAUCAGCAGAGCAGUCACUGACCCCAAGCCCUGGGUGGCAUUCGCAGUGCCCACCGCCUCGUGCGAGUUCAGACCAGUGGAUUCGUACUGUCUUGUGAGGAGUACCUGCCCCUGAGAUGUUACCUCAUUAUGCAGAAAUAACUUAGCCUUCAUGACUAUUUUGACAAAAGUUUAAAACCCCUCGGAUGAAGUUCAGUUUUCAGGAACCAAGGACUGCCAGAAACAUUAGCUCUACGUAUGCAUGCAUUAGACGCUUACCUGGAGUCUGCCUUUUGUAAAGGAGCAGUGCAGAGCAGCGGACUGUACAUUUUAAACCUGGUUGCCAUUAAAAGCAGAAAUGAUGAGGUUGCGACAAUAUUUGUUUCCAGCCAACCCUUUGGCUUUCUUAAGAGUGGAUUUACAUGUCAUAUUAUGAAUUAGCAUCCCUCCCAUGUGUUAAAGCAUCUCAUGCGUCAAUUUAAAUUAGGUGCGUAGUUCUGUUCCUGACAAUUUUAAACCCUUAAAAGAGGAUUCAAGCGGAUGGUGGAUUUAAAAGUCAACCCUGCACGCGGCCUGCCCACCGUAGAACCCAGGUGCUGAAACCAACCUCGUCUUUUCUCCAGGCUCUUUGUUAAACCCCAGUCAUAGGGAGGUUUUCCGGUCCCAGGCCCUAUUCAGUAGACAGGUUGCCUCCAAGUCAGCCCGUAACCGAGGUUCUAAACGCUGCUGGGAAUUGCACUGUGAGAAGGCCCUUCCUGCAGCGAGUCCCUGGUGGCUUUCUUUUCAUCCCAAUGUGUUGAUCAGAACAUUAGGAGCAUCGUGCCUACUCCGGCCUCCUGCAUGAGUCGGAAUUUCGGAAAGAAUACACCUGGUUCCCUCCCCAGCCGGUGGGGCUGCACUCUGCCCGGAGGCUCGUGUGUCGUCCUGCCAUUGCAUUCGCUUAAACUGCUCUGUUGGCAACCGCACAGAAAACGAACAUUUCCAAGCAGAUAAUCUUGGCAUUGAGUGAGACUCGUUCAUUUCACAGAAGCACAACUCCCAGCCGAACCCUUAGGAAAAGCCGUCAUUAUCAGUCACAGCGCCCAGUGAGUAUUAAUUUAGUUCUGCUUAGUGUUUCUGUGAAAACUUCGAAUAGCCACCUGAUUAAUAAACCUCGCAUGGCAGACCUGCAGCAUAUGCCUCAGCUGUUAGUGGAAAGUGACUUUAAGCAGUUGCUUCCCCAGCGUCCUCACAGCACAUGUGACUCCCACACAGGAGCGUCAGGAGCGGGCGACGUGCUGGUGCGUGGCCAGCAGUGUUUGCAGCCUCAGGACUUGAGCCACACUCGUGUCAGGACAGGAAGUCACCGUCCCCAGUCCCUUAUGUCCUGGUUCAUUCAGUUACACAUUUUCAGUUGCUUUAAGAAACUUCAUUUUUGUGGCCUACAGUAUUUUAACUGAUCUCAAAAUAAACUGGUUUCUAAACCACCACAAAAACUAGAUGUCUAAAGUGACCUGGAAUCUACGUCUGCUCUUUCGCCCCUUUCGCAGCAACUUACACAGAUUCUUAACACCUUUUAUUUUUUCAGGGUUUGUCUUUUUUUCCAUCAGGAAUCUGAGUUCUCUAACCCAGCUUACCGUGGGACAUAGGAAAACUAGGUAUAAAUACCUGUGCUGAUCUCGGUUGAGUUGAAUCUGACAUUGUAAUUAACUCAGUGAGCCACUAUCUGCAGUUUUGUACAUGAUACAGUAUUUUGAAGGUAUGGAACCUUAUGAAAAAAAAUAGCUAAUUCUUUUUUCCCCCAGAGGGGAAAAGUAUGUUCUGCAAAUAGUGUGUCUUAUUUUACUGUUGAACAGCAAUUGCUAUUUAUUUUUUUAUUGCCUAGAACUCCACCCUGUUGUAUAGGACUCCCGUAUGCCACUCGUUAAAUUCCGAAUCUCAUCUGGAUGUUGCGCUCAGACAUCAGUACACUUGUCAUUUCACAUGUAUUUAAUGUGACAGUUCUUUUCAGUACUGUAUGUGUUCAUUUCUACUUUUUUUAAUAUUUAAAAUUGCUUUUAAAUAAACAUAUUCUCAGUUGAUCCCAAA